AUGGUCAAUAAAACCAAGCGAAGAAGAUAUCGAAGCUCGUCCAAUCGCUCGCCGUCAUCCAUGGUGCCAUCCAGAGCUCCGGUCUCGUCGAGGAAGAAGGGCCCCGCCGGUGAAGAGGCGUCGCAGGCACCAACCGCGACCGAUAAAACGGACGUAAACCCCUCGCCCCCUCCACACGCCGGCCCCUCGCAUGCACCGGAUGAAUUACGUGGGUUAUUGACUGAUUGUUUUCUUCAAUUGAUUCAGGCGCGAAUUGGCAGUACGAUGCGCCAUCGGAAGGUCAGCGUGAGCCGGGAGGCGGUGGCGCCAUGCAUGACUUGCCCCCUCUGCCGCAAGCUCCUCCGCGAGGCCACCGCCAUUACCGAGUGCCUCCACACGUUUUGCAAGAAAUGUAUAUACAAGAAACUAUCAGAUGAGGAGAUGGAAUGUUGCCCGAUAUGUGACAUUGAUUUGGGUUGUGCUCCAUUGGAGAAGCUGAGGUCUGAUAAUACUCUGCAAGAAGUGAGGGCGAAAAUAUUCCCUUAUAAGAGAAUAAAUGCAAAGGCCCCAGAUGUCGUGCCACCUGUCACAUUUCCUGCAAAGAGAAAGGAAAGGUCUCUCUCAUCUUUGGGGCUCAGCACCCCACUUGUGUGUUCACAGGGUGGGUUGACCGGCAGAAGGUCAAAGUCCACUGCAAGAAAGGCUUCGUCGAGGGGCACGAGCUUCACGAUAGAGAGAUCAGUGAAGAGGGGAGAUGACUCCAUGGACGAGCAGCCCGAGAGCUCCGGCUCACCUGAAACUCUGAGGAGAUUCACUCAGAACAUUACACAGACCUCUGCUUCUGGUGAGCCGUCCACUAAGCACAGUCCUGAUUCACAGAGAGAGGAUCUAUCGGGGGCUUAUGAAGAAGAGAAAGUUGACCUUUGGAAGCCUUUGAACUGUUUAGUGGAAGCAGCAAGCAGUACCAAGUCAUCAAAGCUUAAUAAUGUUCAAGGGUCUAGUGGUAAACCGGAAGCUCGUGAGAGCGAGGGGCUGGUCAGUAAAUCUAAAAGUAGAGAUCACAGACAGAAAGCAAAAGCUCAGGAAGAUAAAGAUGUCGUGGACCAAACUCGUACAGAGCCCGAAAGGCCCAAGAAGAGGCAGAGAGCCCGUCAAAAAAAGGUGCAAACUUUUGGAGGAUCUAAGGUUACACAACAAGCUGUGCUUGAUGCUGCCAGUGUAAAAUCAGAGCGUAAAAAUUAUCCGAUUUGGUUUUCACUGGUCUCAGAUGAAAAGGAAGGAAAUGCACUAUCCUUGCCUCAAAUUCCUGCGAAUUAUUUGAGAAUAAAGUGAGUUCUGGCUAACUAAGACUUAUAUGUUAGGAUUUUCUAUUUUCAUAAACUUGGAAAUGGUAAAAAAUGGAUACUGUGUGCUGUAAUUUGGUACGAGCUCUCAUUGCUGAUUAUGAAUUUGGUUGGCCUGGUUUUAUUUUGAACGGAGUUUGCUUACAAGGGUACAUGGUACAUUAUAUGGUGAUAUUUGUUGAAUGAAACCAAUUGUGGGUAAAUGUAUACCGAUAAGAAUCAAAUUAGCAAAAUCUAGUAGUAGAAAAGAUAUGAGUUGGUCACUCUUUCUGCUAGUUAUUAGUUGCCUGAUUGCAAGUGAUUUGUUGUAUUUCAUGAUUUUGCAUGUUAUAUGGCCACCUAUUUCAAGUUCAUGAAUUGUUAAAUGAAUUAUCCAUUCUACUGGUGGUUAAGGAAUCAUGGUGAUAUUUUCCAGUAUAUUCAUAAAUGCAUUUACAAAGUUGCUUGUCAGGCUAAAUAUCAACUGUACGCAACCUUACAAGCUAACCUAUAAAUUCAUCCAAGUUCUAUAUAUCAUUCUUUUCAAAUUAUAGUAUAUUCAAUUGAAAUAUUUUGACACUAGAGAAGACCUUAUAUGAAAACUGUUUGUUAGUAGCUGCCCGAUGAAAUANUAAAAAAAAAAAAAAAAAAAAAAA